AUGGUUAGAGCAUUAAAGCAUCAUGAGAAAAAACUUUUGCGAAAAGUUGAUUUCCUAGAAUGGAAACAAGAUCAAGGGCAUCGAGAUACUCAAGUUAUGAGAACUUAUCAUAUACAGAAUAGAGAAGAUUAUCAUAAAUAUAAUAAAAUAUGUGGUGAUGUAAGGAAACUAGCCAACAAAUUAUCAUUAUUAAAACCAACUGAUCCAUUUCGUAUAAAGCAUGAACAAUUAUUAUUAGAAAAAUUAUAUAAUAUGGGAAUACUAGCUACAAAAUCCAAAAUAAGUGAUUUGGAAAAUAAAAUUACAGUAUCAGCAAUAUGUAGAAGAAGAAUAGGAGUUGUCAUGUGUAGAUUGAAAAUGGCAGAAACUUUAACUGAUGCAAUUAAAUUUAUUGAACAAGGUCAUGUUAGAGUUGGACCAAAUGUUAUAACUGAUCCUGCUUAUUUGGUAACAAGAAACUUAGAAGAUUAUCUUACUUGGGUUGAUAGUUCUAAAAUUAAAAGAAACUUACUUAAAUAUAGAAAUAAAAUUGAUGAUUAUGAUUUAUCUUAG